AGGUCAGGGAGGAGGUGAGUACUUUUUGACACAAGGAUUUCGGUUAGCACGCUAAAAAUUUCUUGUACUCAAUGAGCCAGAGAACGAGAAGAUCAAGAUGUAAGAAAAACAAAAAGAAAAAGCGCUUCGUCUUCGUCUUUCAGUUUUCUCAAUAAAAACAAAAAAUAAAAAAUGUCGUGGUUAAAAACGUUCACGGACAGCGUAAAGCUGGUUUCGCAGGAUGUGGCGAGCAUGGCGGAGGAUGUCGCAAGCAAGGCGGGAACGCUUGGUAAGCUACAGGCAGCUGUAGUACUUUUUGGAUACACGGCGACAAUGUGAGACGAAGAAACGAUAUUCAGUCUUAGAGGCUACACAUGUGCAGCUAACGCCCAAAAACAUUACAUUCAUAGCAUUCGCGUCCGCUUGCAUUCCUGUAAAGCUUCUCCCAGGUGAUAUGAUGCUGAGAAGAUGCAGAAGUUGCACAAAACAAACGGAUAAGUUGACUCAAGGCUUUUCCAGAAGAUAAUUUGCAUGGUUCAAAUUCAAAAAAUGUUUGUCAGGUGAAAGCUUGCGCAAGAUGACCCAGGUGAACCACACGGGGCGGGUGGAGGAAGAGGCGCUGCAGUUGCGUGACCUGGAAAGCGCAACCACCAUCCUGCAUGAUUGGAACGUGUCGAUGAACCGUACCGUCGGCAGUAUCUCCGAGGAGCGGCUGACGAACUUAACCCUUUUAUCCAAAACCGAAGACGAAAUGGCCCUAGACGAAGAGGAGCUGCCUUUUUCGCCCGCGAAACGGGCAGGAGGAGUUCUUUCAUCUGAAGGUGAGGGUCCUGCCGCUAGACAGCAGCUGGGCACCAGCACCAGCAGCAAAAAGAGUGAUGGAUCCGCUUCUUUUCCCAGUGAUGCGGAACAGCAGACGAGUAAGUCAUCUGCUGGCGGCGCUCCUGGAGGUACUAGUAGUUCUGGCGUCGCUCUUGAUCCGAACGUCGAAUCAGUACUACCAAGUGGCCCGAGCGUAGCGGCCAACAAGUCUGCCCCCCUGUUCCCCACAUCCUCCUCCGCAGCAACGCCUUCGAGCUCCUCGAAUCUGCGCAAUUCUGCAGGCGGAACAAGCCAGGCGCAGGCAGCGAACGCGUCUGCGAACGGCGGCAAGGAGCAGCGCCGGCGGAAAGUGACGUUCCGGCAUAUUUUCUUGAAGUCCCGCGCGCUGGAGUACGCGUUUCGUGCGAUUCAUGCUACACCGGAGUUGCAAACGGCGCUGCAGCAAUCCUCCGCGGGAGGGAGUGGUGCAGAGGCUGGCGGAGAUCAACCCGGAACAAACGGCGCAACUGCAGCGGACCUGUUUUCGCAACAGUUCUGGAAGCUCAUAAAAGCGGUACUUACCUCGUCCAUGGAUACAAGAACGAUAUUUUUCCAUUUGCAGAUCGGAAAACCGACUUCGGACAGGGUUGCGGGCGUAGUCUGAGUUAUGUUUUGAUGAUGUCAGUUGUGCAGAUGUCCUCAAAAUCGAAACGUCAACACGCCGAGUCCUGCUGACUUCUCUUCUACUGUGCACGACGGCGCAGCACCAGCAGGAGUCUUCAAAGUCAACCGAUUCAAAAAUCAACACAGGUCACCGUCCCGGGCAGUCAAGACCUGGUAAAGGAGCUCGUUGCCUUGAUGGGCGCAAUCCCGUGCAGCGAUUCGCUUCCCGACGCUUUUUUCGCCGUGUUGUCCCGGUUGAAAGAGGACUGGCGGGCGAGCAUCUACCUGGUGGAGCGCACACAACUCCAGGACCAAGUUCAACAAGUGCAGCAGAGCUUGACCGCGGGAGGGGGUGGUGCUGCGGGAGGGACAACUGCCCGGGCCUCGGUCUCAGCGAUUCCAUCGCUGAAGCCAAAUCAGAUCCUCGGUACGUGGUCCGAGCAAAACAAGGAUGCCAACAAGUCGUUGCUGCUGCUGAAUCUUCUAACCGACGCGCAUGACUGCGACCUGCACAUUGUGCAAAGAUGGACCACGCUGCUUGCGGAGGUAAUCAGGGUGUGAUCAUGUAAUUAAAGUGAAAAGUCGCUUGUUUUACAAACUACGUUUUUGAUGAGGAAGAUGAAGAUGAUCUCCCAUCUACAAGCAGGAUUAGAAUGAUUCUUUCGAAGUAGAUCUUGUUCACACAACCAAGUGGUGGAAAUGGUACAACACAGUCGAAAGAAGAUCCAAUUUCAUCUCUCAGACCAGCACGGUUGUAACAGCAGAGGGAUCGUCAACAACAUCCCUGACUGGCACGACUUCUACAUGUUCCCCUUCCGCCACUACAACCUCGUACGCGCGCUCGUGGUCCAGUAUUCUUGCGGGGAUUGACACAAGCCUGCAAAACGGGGAGGAUCAGCGGAAGAAGAUGCAGCAGCGCAAGGAAUCUUUGCAGGACGCGAAGAAGACGCAUAUGGCGUUCUCAAAUGUUAAAUUCUCAACUGUUACAUGAUUUGUCAUGCAAAACUACAAUCAGAAUGAAAUGAAUCGGCACGGUCAAGCUGCUUCGCAUGACAAAUUCCUGAAGGGCCAAACAGGCUGAGAAACUGUUCCAAAUCUGUCACGCAAGACGCGCAAGGUCACCUCGUCCACUUUUUCCAUUCUUGCAUCACAAAUUCAUGUAAGAGUUGAGAAUGUAACAGUUGCGAGCGCCAUAACGCAGCGCGAAGAGCUCGGGACGCAGCUCGGCGGGUUGACGGACGGAAAGAAGGAGGUGCAAGACCGGGUGGCGGAGUUAGAGAAGCAAAAGGAGGAGCUGGAAAAGCAGCUGAGCACGGUUAUCCUGAGUAGAAACGUCCCCACCCCAGAGUCAAGAUGGGGACUUCGCAACACAAAGCGAGACGUUUUGGGCGUCGCGCAUGACACGUUGCAGCCCGUAGUGUAGUGCAGGUUGGCAAGGAUAGCCGCAUUAGAAAUCAAUCUGCUAAUCCUAAUCCUGUUUACCGCAUUGCAAAUUCUAAAACACGAUCGAAAAUGCCUAUCAUGGGGAUACGCAUCACAAAUCUUCCUGCCAUUGCAAAUCUGCAUGACAACUCUGGGGUGUGGACGUUUUUACUCAGGAUAACGGUUGUCACGGAGCUAUCCGAAUUGAAGCAGCAGAUCGCCCGGGUAGAGCACAGCGAGGACGCACUGAAGAAGGAGUCAGAGAACGCACUGGUCUUUUACGAAGAAAACCUGCAGAGUUUGAAACUGCAGGACGAGAAAUUUCUCCGCGACCAGGCCUUGUUUCACGCGAUCAAGCAAAUGUGCGCCAGCGGGGGGAAAACACAGGUACUUACAUAAAAUGCAUUUUUUCUACUUUCGGAUUUUGUAUUUAUACUACGCUCCAGCCUGAAGCAUAUACAGAUUCCAAAAGUGACCUUUUUCGUUUCGGCGAUUUUUUUUUGUUUGCUUUCCAAACUAACAUCAUUGAAGCUGAUGUUGAUGCUGCACCAUCCGGAUUUCAAGAUCAAGCGGCGAAGUGAUGUUGGGAGUGCCGUGGUGGAUCGAUAUCAGCAUAUUUUCGCAGUGGCUGCUGGUGUUGGAUCUGGAUGCACAUGCAUUCGAUUCUUGCCCUCGUGAAGAAGAUGCGAUGUUUUCUUCCAAUUCAAAACUGUUCAGGCCGACACCUUGCACCUCGCCAUUGAGGAGCGUAAAAAGUCGGCGAGCGAAGUUUACACCGGCUUGCUGAGCGCCGGGGAGAAACACUUGGACCUGGAAGCCACGCGCCUGCGAACGGCCAUGACACUGGUCGAAACUUGCUGCGUGGCAGUGUACGAAGCCGCGCCGGCGGUGAGCGGUGCUGGUGGUGGUGGACAGCAUGCUCCCCCUCUUUUCGCAGCUCCAUCAGCAGGUGGAACUACGUCGACUUCUGAAGCCGCCGCGACAGGAAUUAUGGCCCCACAACACCCCCCCGCGCCGGCUCCCUCACGACCGAAGGAGGCACUUCUGCUGGAUUUGAAAAAGGCCAUCGCGGUCCGGGACCGGUGCUGGCAGGAGCUGGAGCGGUUUUUGAGCAAGUAUGAGAAGAGACUUUUGGCUGGCGAGGCUUGUGCGGCGAAGAUACAGAAGACAAAAGCGGACUUCUCGCAACACAAACAAAAGCAGGAACCAGUGAUCCAAGCGGCCUGGGAGGUUGUAACGGGACGUGCUGGAGGCCCUGGUGGUCCUGCACUAAUGUUGCAACAACAGCAUCAACAAAACCAGCUUCCCGCCUCUGCAGCGGCCGCGGGAAAGAAUCUGCUCGGCGGGAUCACAACCGGCGGCGAGAAGCUGCUCGGUACCGCGGGCCAAUUUUUGUCCAAGCUGAAGGACGAAAAUUUUCCGCCGAUCCCGAGUACUGGAACGACGAUGACCAGCAUGAGCGGAGGAGGACCUCCAGGGGGAACAAUUGCAGCCGGUAAAUUAUCUUCCGCUGGUACGACGGGGACUCCUGCAACUAACUCAUCCGCCGGCUCUACUACUUCGGCAUCCUCAUCUGCGUCGCAAUCCGCGGCAUCGAGCUUCGCGUCAAGUUUUUCCCUUUCGCAGGUCACUUCGGACAUCAACGAAUUGUUUUUCAACAAUUCCAGCAAUCCCGCCAGUAGUCCGCCGAGUAAAGAAGCGCCGACAGCAGGAGCAAGUUCGACGAAACUACCAGCAGCUUCAACAACACCAGCAGUGCCGGUCCCCGUUUUGCAGACGGGCAACAUGGCCCCUGUCGGAGGAGGUACACCUUCCUCCUCUCCAGACAAGACGGUCGUGCUAGAGGCACCAAAGAGCGUGGAUUUGCGGAAUCAACAACCGGUGGAGUUUCACAGCAUCGGCACUCCGACCACGAGUCCGAAGGCCGCGGCGCAGUCGGGUGGUAGUAGUACUGCUCCUGCUGUACGACCUGUAGCCCCACCUAGCGGAACGGUUUCCGUAGUUGCAUCUACAAGCACAGUCCCACCUCCUCCCGCUGCACCAACUGCAGCCGCGACAACAUCAUCUUCAUCCGCCGCGAAGACUACAGACAAACUGUUUGAUGUGGAUGACGAUGACCUGUUUUCCAUGUUUCAAGCCGGGCUCGACGACAUCACAAAGAAAUAAAAAAAUGAAGCGUCUUGUCGUGAAGUGGAAGUGCUAGUAGAUGAAGAUGUUUGCAGAUGUUAAGAUUCACCUGCUAGCUGUGUAAGUGAAGUACUUGGUAGUAGUAGAGAAGUAGUUGAGCAGUAGUUCGCUGUACUCUUAGUCUUAGACAAUGACAUCGUCAAACAACUAUUUUGCAUCUUGUGCCAGUGCCUCUGCCUUCGGAACCGGAAGCAGAAAUGCGGCACGAAAAAAGCGAAAUCAGGACAGCGGCCUUUAGCUUGUCGUGAGAAUCGCGGAAUAAGUGGAUGACGCUGUUGUAUUGAAGUAAAAGUUCCCUGUGUACAACUACUAGAAGCGCCUCAACGAACUCCUGAAAGAAGACGUUGUCGCAGGCCUCCUCGGCAUGUCUGAGACUGACUUCGUGCUACUGUGCGAUUGCUGAGCACGAGAAGCUUAGAAACGGCGAUAAGAGUGUUAAUGAUAAUGCCGUACUAUUACGCAAAUAGCAAAUACUUGUGUCAGCAACAAAUCAAGACAAACGAUCAGAUCCGCAAGGAAUUUCUAGAGCCGGAUUCACUUCUUUUUGCUCACGCAAAGAUCACGCGAAGAACAACUAGGAACAAUUUACGACGACAGAAGAUCCGACGAGGAUCUCCUUUAGCUUCACUUGAUCUUGAUCAGCGAUGGAUCCGAUCUUCU